UGGGGAAGUAAUAGAGAAGCACGUGUUAGCUGCAUGAAGGAAGAUUCGUUCUUGUUUCUCAACCCAGUUCUUUAUUCGAUUUUAGUGUAAUUGUUUUAGAUGGCUAGAUUGCUAGAAAUAUGCAAGUUGGCACGCAUCUCUCUGGCUCAGAGAAAGAAAUAGACGGAAAAGAUAUUGCAUAAUGCAGCUGGAAAUGACGUAUUUUACCACCUGCAGCUAAGUGGGAGUUUGGGGAUUAUAAAUGAACAUGUGUGACUGAUGAACUGUAUUUUAUGUUUUGGUUUCGGGCACUGAACUCUGAAGUCGUGGUACAGAGAGAUCUGUUCGCUUGGCUUUAUUUGCAAUACAUUAAUACAACUUCUACUCUUAUUGUAAUUGCUGAUAGUGCUGGAGGUGGAGGCUCUUGACUAACUGUGGGGGAUAUGGGAAAAAGCCGAGACUUUUGAAAUUGGAUUUGAGAGUGCGUGAUUCUGGUCUGCUCUUUCGAUGGAGGAGAUCCAAUAUGAUCUUAUUUUGAGAAAUGUGAACUGAAUCAUUUCUGGGUUUGGCCAAAGAGCUUUACUUAGAUCCUACAAGGGCAGAAGAAGAAGAAGAAGAUAGAUAGAUAGAUAGAUAGAUAGACGUUUGUGUAAAGCUUUCCGGAAGAGGGGGAAAAAAACCUCCUUUUCUUUAGAGAAAACAAGCAAGCAAUUUCCUUUUGCUCCAUCUGACAUUUGAGAAGGAGUUGUGAAGGAACUUCUUUUUUCCCUUCCCUUCAGGGAUAAUCUUUCUUGGUAUAUUCUCCUAUCUCAGACCAACGUGCAGUGAGAAAACACCGGGUUUGAAUGGAGUAGAAGUUUUGAAAAGGGUAAUCGGCGAAGAUAUUGGAAAUUCCAGAAGGUUCCCUGCGGACCCCGUCCGUCACUUUGUUGUAUUUUACUAUGUAAAUUAGGCACUUCUUCCAUUCUUUUAUUUGUUCACGGAUGAUACCACCAUCAAGAUUUUCUAUUCAUAGACUCAGGAUCAUUCUAGGUGAAAGGUUGAUGGUACACCGUCACGAGUUGUUCUUCUUCUUCUUCAAUACUCUGAACGCUGGUCUUCAUUGAGACCAAUAAUUUAAUCCAUUGAAGUUUUGGUCCGUGGCUAUAGUUCAAAAUGACAGAAAACGGGGAACGAACACGAUCAUUGGCCUUGACUCCAACAUGGUCUGUUGCUACUGUAUUGAUGAUCUUUGUUGCUGUUUCUUUACUCGUGGAGCGCUCCAUCCACCGGUUAAGCAAUUGGCUGCGGAAAACUAAUAGAAAACCCUUGCUUGCAGCUUUGGAGAAGAUGAAAGAAGAGUUGAUGCUUCUUGGAUUUAUAUCACUUCUAUUAACAGCAACCUCUAGCAUAAUUGCUAAUAUAUGCAUUCCAUCAAAGUUGUACAAUAGUGCCUUUGCUCCAUGCACUAGAUCUGAGAUUGAUGAAGAAAUUGAAAAUAAUGGCUCCCAAGAACGUCAAUUAUUGAUGUCUUCUACUUUCUCACACUUACUUCGGAGGAUGCUGAAUGGUGUUAAUCAGAACUCCUGCAAAGAGGGUUAUGAGCCAUUUGUUUCGUAUGAAGGUCUAGAGCAGUUGCACAGAUUCAUUUUUGUCAUGGCAGUAACACAUGUAUCUUACAGUUGCCUAACAAUGUUGUUGGCAAUUGUAAAGAUUCACAGUUGGAGAGUGUGGGAAGAUGUUGCCCAUGUUGAUCGGCAUGAUGCCUUAUCUGAAAUCACAAGAGAGAUGACACUGCGAAGGCAAUCAACCUUUAUCAAAGUUCAUUCGUCAAAUCCAUUGACCAGAAACAAUAUUCUCAUCUGGGUGACAUGUUUCUUCCGACAAUUUGGGCGUUCUGUUCUUCGUGCUGACUAUCUUACUCUCCGCAAAGGCUUCAUCACGAAUCACAAUCUCUCAUUCAAAUAUGAUUUUCACAGCUAUAUGAUCCGAUCAAUGGAAGAGGAAUUCCAAAAAAUAGUUGGUGUGAGUGGCCCACUAUGGGGAUUUGUUGUUGCUUUCAUGCUCUUCAACAUUAAAGGAUCUAAUCUCUAUUUCUGGAUAGCUAUCAUUCCUAUUACUCUGGUUCUUUUGGUGGGAACAAAACUCCAGCAUGUCAUUGCAACCUUGGCACUGGAGAACUCAGGAAUUACUGGUUUCUUACCUGGAGCUAAGUUGAGGCCUCGUGAUGAACUUUUCUGGUUUAACAAGCCUGAACUUCUGCUGUCCUUGAUCCACUUUAUUCUCUUCCAAAAUGCAUUUGAAUUGGCUUCAUUCUUUUGGUUCUGGUGGCAAUUUGGGUACAAUUCCUGCUUUAUUAGGAAUCAUCUCCUUGUGUAUUUAAGGCUAACAUUGGGGUAUGCAGAAAUUUACUUUGUCACAAUGAUACUUUUAACAUUAGAUGAUGUUAAAUCAGUUACAUGCUUCCUUUUCUUUUCUUUUACGCAAUUUCAUAGGUUUGCCGGACAGUUCCUCUGCAGCUAUAGCACCUUGCCACUUUACGCACUUGUUACACAGAUGGGAACAAACUAUAAGGCUGCACUAAUUCCACAGAGGAUAAGGGAGACAAUUCAUGGAUGGGGGAAGGCGGCUAGAAAAAAGAGAAGGCAUGGUAUGUUCACCGAUGAUUCCACAAUACAUACUGAUGCAAGUACGGUGUUGCCUGUUGAGGAAGAUGAUCGCUUGAUGGAUGUCCCUCAAAUUACCACUGACCUUGCCACUGGUACUGGAAUAGAAUUGCAGCCAGUAGGUGCUUCCGCAGCUUCCCCAUCGCCCAUGGCAAAUGAAACUUCAAGCAGAGCCACUACACCGCUCCUUCGUCCCUCUGCUUCAGUUUCUUCAGCAAUAAGGUUCAAUUUCAGUGCAGAAAUAAUCACAAGAUCCUCUUCCAUGCCAACUAGCAGAGAAACAACAAUGAAAGAAACCCUUCAAUGAAGAAAAAGAAACUAAUUGAAUGUUUCUGGGACUUUGUGACUUCUGUAAGAUUUUCAGAAGAUACAAGGUGGCUGCUUCUUGUUCCGGUUGAUGAUAUUUCUCCUUAACUUACCAUAAAAUUCCAAGAAAAAGGAGAAGAAUGCAAUCUCAAAGUUAGCGGAGGAAAUUCAAAGGUGUUUCUGAUUGUAACAUAAAAGAAAAAAGAAUAUCAGAAGUUUAUUUAUACAGUUAGAAAAGCUCUGUAACGUUAUUAUCAAAGGUUUUUAUGUAAUACUGCAUCAGUGAAACUCUCAAAACAAGACUAAAAUAACCAUAUAUAACUAGGAAUUCACUUUCAAAGA